AUGGCUGAGGGGCGGCCCAUCCGGACAAAGCCUGAUCAAGAGGGUCGGGCCAUGGGUAAACCGUUCUAUUUAGGAUACCUAGGUCCAUUAGUUCCACCCAUAUAUUUGUCGUUCCUAAUCUCCGAAUUUGAGAAAAAUUGGCAGCACGACCUAAUUAAGACGGAACAUCUGAUGUCCCCGACGCAUCCACCAGGCCCCAGCCGCCACAGCCACCGCCACAGGCACCGCCACCGCCACCGCCACCGCCACAGGCACCGCCACCGCCACCAGCGGCCUUCACCUGAGAAGAAGCAGAAGCAAGGAAUCCUCCGAUCAGAUUUCAGCGAAGAACAGGUUCGCCACCAGCGGUCUCCACCUGAGAAGAAGCAGAAACAGCUCAUCCUCUCACAUCACUCGUCCGGGGUAAUUCUUAAUCUCCCUUCACUCGUCACUCGUUCAGUGACACGUAUGUAUUCAUGGGGAGUAUCAUGUGCUCGGGACUCCAUGGAUUUGAAAGUGGUGGUCUACAUUUCUGGCGAUCCAUAUAUAGGCGUAAACAUGGACGAGUUUCAC